UCGGGGAUCACUAAUCAUUACCAUCCGGGAAGUUCAACAACCGAAAAUUUUCUCCCAGUUGCUCAAAAUAACAAACGUAGUUCAAUAGGAUUUUAGCGAAUAUUAUUUAGCGUUGUACGUUCGUGUGUACAGGAUGAAAUGCAUUUAUAGCACCAUUUUUUUAGCGCUUUGUAUAGUACAACUUGCGGGCGGAACACUAUCUCCUUCUGAUGUAAAAAACAAGGGUAAGAAAGUGAAAGAGCUCAAAGUGAAGAAAGGUCCACAACCGUCCGAUGUAUUUGAUCGUGGACUAAUGGAGGAAGAACCAUCCGCGAAGAGUAUUCUUGUGGAGAGUGGGACGUACUAUGAGGAAACGGCGUUGAAGAGCUUCAAAGGAACCGUUCUUGGCUAUGUGACACCGUGGAAUAAUCACGGAUAUGAUGUGGCAAAAACGUGGGGAGCAAAGUUCAAUUAUGUUUCACCAGUCUGGCUGCAGGUUCUACGGAAAGGACCGAAGCUGUAUGAGUUGGGUGGUGCUCAUGACAUCGAUGCUGGAUGGAUUAAGGAUGUUAAAAAAGCGGGCGAAACGAUCAGUAAUAAGGUCGUCCCUCGUAUACUUUUCGAUAAAUUCACUGAUAAGGACUUCUCCCAGCUACUUACGUAUAGCGAAGAACGUACAAUCGCUGCCAAGUUAAUUUUAGAUACCGUUCGCGAAUAUCAAUUCGAUGGAAUCGUCCUAGAAGUGUGGUCACAGCUGUCUGCUCGCGUAGAAGAUGCCUAUCUAAUUGAACUGGUGACGGAAAUUUGCCAAACGCUCACUAACUCAAACUAUGACUGCAUUUUAGUAAUUCCUCCGGCACGCAAGGAAACAUACGAUUUGUUUUCGCGACAACAUUUCGAAACACUGGCACCCAUCGUGACUGCGUUCUCGUUGAUGACCUACGAUUUCUCAAAUCUUCAGAGACCGGGAGCGAACGCUCCGUUAUAUUGGGUGAAAAAUGCCGUACAGCAUAUUUGUCCCGAUACGACUGAUAAUUUGGAACAGAAGCGAGCAAAGAUUUUGUUGGGAUUGAAUUUCUAUGGCAGUGAUUUUACCCCCAACGGAGGCCAACCGAUAGUUGGACAUGAAUAUCUUGCGCUACUGAAGCACCUGAAGGGUCAUCUAACGUUGGAUGAGCAUGACGGGGAAAACUUUUUCGAAGUUAGGACAACGAAUGGGCGCCAUAUGGUUUUCUAUCCAACGCUGUAUUCCAUUAACGAGCGACUGAAAUUGGCUCGGGAAUUGGGUACGGGCAUUUCCAUUUGGGAGUUGGGUCAGGGCUUGGAUUACUUCUACGAUCUAUUCUAGUCAACUCGCUUCGUGAUAAAUAUUGUUCACCAUAACAAUUUGUUUAUUUGGAAAUACUUUAAAUUUUAAAGUAGUUACGAGAAGCCUUAGUUUCUAACACGUAUAGAAUAAACAAUAACAAUUUAUGGAGGUUAAAGGCAUAUUGUUAUAAAACGUGUUUUGCACUGUAUUUUCUAACAUAGCUGCUUUUAAAAUAAAAUGAUGCAAUUUGCUAUCGACAGGCUGAUUGAAACAAUCGUAAAUAUGCUUU